AUGGCCGCCCCCAACAUCAUCUUCAUCAUGGCCGACGACCACGCGGCCAAGGCCAUCUCGGCCUACGGCGCGGGGCUAAACCAGACACGGAACCUGGACCGGCUGGCGGCGGACGGGCUGCGCUUCAACCACUGCUACGUCACCAACUCCAUCUGCACGCCGUCGCGGGCGGCCAUCCUGACGGGCACGCACAACCACGUGAACGGCGUGCGGACGCUCGCGUCGGCGAUUGACAACCGCCUGCCGAACGUGGCCAAGGCGCUGCGCGCGAGCGGGUACCAGACGGCCAUGGUGGGGAAGUGGCAUUUGGGGGAGGGGCAAGCGCACGAGCCCACGGGCUUCGACUACUGGAGCGUCGUGCCGGGGCAGGGCGUGUACUUUGAUCCGGUGUUUUUGGAGAAGGGGGGGAAGACGGAGACGGUGCCGGGGUAUGCGACGGAUGUCAUUACGGCGAAGAGCUUGGACUGGAUCAAGCGCCGGGAUCAAGAGAAGCCCUUCUUCCUCAUGUGCCACCACAAGGCGCCGCACCGGUCGUGGGAAUGCGCGCCCCGGCACCGGGAGAUGUACCAGGAGGACGUGCGCCUCCCGGACACCUUCACAGACGACUACAAGCACCGAGCCAUGGCCGCCAAGGUGGCCAAGAUGCGCGUGGCCGAGGACCUGACGUACGGCGACCUGGGGCUCGCGCAGCCCGAGGGCGGCGCGGAUGAGGUCGGCGAACUCCUGUUUUCCGGGCUGACGGAGCGCAAGAUCCCGGCGCCGGCGACGGACGAGGCCGUGCAGGGCAUGCGGGCGCUGGUGGACCGCGAAACGGGCGAGACGUUCAAGUUCGGCACGACGGCGCAGCUGGCCGAGUUCAAGUUCCAGCGGUACAUCAAGCGGUACAUCCGCACCAUCCAAGCCAUCGACGACAGCGUCGGCGAGAUCCUCGACUUCCUGGACGCGGACCCGGACUUGGCGAAGAACACGCUGGUGAUGUACACGUCGGACCAGGGCUUCUUCCUGGGCGAGCACGGCUGGUUCGACAAGCGCUUCAUGUACGAAGAGUCGUUCCAGAUGCCGCUGCUGGCGCGGUGGCCGGGCGUCAUCCCUCCGUCCAGCAUCAGCGACGCGAUUGUGUCGAACGUCGACUUUGCCCCCACGUUCCUCGACCUCGCGGGCGCCGUCGUGCCGAGCUACAUGCAGGGCUUUUCCAUCAAGGACGUGUUGGCGAGCGGGGGCAAGGAGCCCGCCGGCUGGCAGCAGGUCGCGUACCAUCGGUACUGGAUGCACAACGACGAGAUCCACGGCGCGUACGCGCACUACGGCGUGCGGGACCGGCGGUGGAAGAUCAUCUACUGGUAUAAUGAAGGGCUUGGGAUCGAGGGGACGGGCGAGGGCGGCCAGCCGCCCGAGUGGGAACUCUUUGACUGCGAGGAGGAUCCGUUGGAGCUGUUUAAUGUCUAUGGCGAGGAGGGGUAUAAGGACGUGGUGGAGAGGAUGAAGGGGCUGUUGGAGGAGAAGAUGGCCGAGAUUGGGGACGAGCCUGUGCAUUAG